UUACAGGAAACUCUGGCUUAUGCUGAUAAUUUUGUUCAUUUCUGUAUAUUAGAACAUCUAGGCGCAAUAGAAUGCGAGAGGGGGAUCUUGUCUGAGCAUCCAGUUUUACUUCCUUUGAUAGAUUUUUGUUUCUUAUAUGUAUUCCACUUACAUACUCCUUCGUUGAAUAUUAAUAACUGCGCAAGCUGCGUUACUAUUUUAGUUGAGUCCCGUAAAGUCACCGGCAACAGAGUUUCGAUUCAAGUUUACCGAGCCAGCGGUGCGGGACAACGCGGUGCAAAUAAAAGAGCGGCUACUGGCGUGGUGCCGUUCCAAGACCAAAGAGUACGAGGUAAAUUCGCCUUGUAAAUGGAACCUUUACACGUGGCGUGUACCACAUCCAUUGGUUGUUGCACGGCUGCGUUUUCUGUUGCAGAACGUGCAACUGGAUAAUUUCUCGACAAGCUGGAACAAUGGUCUGGCGUUCUGCGCUUUGCUCCAUCACUUCAGACCGGACGCUUUCGAUUAUUAUUCGCUACGGCCGGAGAACCGCAAAAUGAACUUCGAGUUGGCGUUUAAAAAAGCCGAUGAACUCGCCGGAAUCGCACCGUUACUUGAUGUCGAGGAUAUGGUGAUGAUGCGCCGACCAGAUUGGAAGUGCGUCUUCACUUAUGUACAAUCCAUCUAUCGCCGCUUCAAAGACGAAGAU